AUGCCAGCGCGAAGAAGCCGAGCGCCAGCGGCUUGUCUUUUCUGUCGCUCCAAAAAGUUGAAAUGCGACUCACAGAAACCAAGUUGUGGUAAUUGCGUGGCAAAAGGUGUAGAUUGCCAGCAAAGCGCUGCCAGGCAUAAACCAAGGCCAACAAACCAGCGCAUCAAGCAACUAGAACAAGAAAACGCCAUCCUUCGCCAACAAUGUAGUCAGCAAACUCCGGACCUUGGAGUCCUGGAGCGAUCUUCUUUGAUUCCAACAGAAGCUUCUUUGGCGGCGCUCAGUCCGGCACGGAGCAGGCUCACAGGCUCAAUCUCACACCAUGCUGAGCCCUCACCGAGCGAUAAUCAAUCAAACAGGGGUCGAGAUACGUCUCAUCCAGAGGUACCAGAUAGCGAAAACCAUCGCCACAGUUCUUCAUUGUAUCACGGCCCGACCAGCACUGUCUAUGACGACACUGCACAUUCUGGAGUUGAUGAAGAAGAGUCAGAGACGUUUGGUUCACCCGUUAGUGAAGAGUGGGCUCGUCACCUGCUCUUUGCUCAAACGGCAAGGCAGAGGCAACUGGAGCCUUUGAACCUAGCAGCAGGGAAGCUCGACUUUGAUGGUCUCGAUCCAGAACUCGGCAUGCAUCUACUAUCGAUCUAUUGGAGCCGUCAACUAUACACCGCCCAGAUCACAUACCGUCCAGUAUUCAUGCGAGACAUGGCCUGUAACGGGCCUUAUUUCUCGAAACUACUACUGAAUGCAAUCUUAUUCACCGUUUCCAAGCAUUGCUCUCGGCCUGAACUACGCUCUGACCCGGAUGACAUUACCACUGCAGGAUGGAGCUUUCGUCAGCGGUUCACUGAGCUUCUGCGAGAGUCUUUCGAUAAGAGCGAGAUCACCACAUUACAAGCAUUAAUCAUCAUGUCCAACGCGCUAUUCUCAAGAUGUGACGAACGUAGUCUGUCUUGGCUGUAUGCUGGAAAUGCGUUCAAUAUGAUCAUUGAUCUUGGUCUACAUGUCCUUCCCUCUCCAAACAAGAUGUCCGCAGAGGAACUUGAAGUUCGAAAGCGUGUCUUGUGGGGUGCUUACACAAUCGACAAGAUCCAGUGUCUCCUCCAGGGAAGACCCCCAUUGCUUCGCCAAAUAAACUUCAAAGCAUCUCUCAAUUUCUUGGACGAGUACGAUGAGCUCGACACAUUCAAAGAUCUCACAUACAGUGCAACUGAACACCAGUCCGUGAUACCUUCUCUCAACGUCUCUCUCCUGACAAAACUAUGCGAGCUGUCCAUAAUUUCCGAGCGCAUUCUAUGCGAGCUCUACUCUGAAUCGCAAAACAUGAGCCAGGGUCAAAGCCAGGAGAUCUCGGCGGAUAUAAGCUCUGCUCUCAGCAAGUGGCGCUCAAGUCUGCCUCCCCAGCUCGACUAUAUCUCCUAUCCAAGGGAGUCGGUCCUUUUGCCUCAAGCCUUCUGCCUCUUGUAUGCUCCGCCAAAAUUGACAACUUUGACCUCGGCUAACUCCUGUUAG